AUGCGGAAAUCUUUUCGUGGUCGCACGGUGUGACGUUCGCGGAAAACAGUGACGUUUGUUCAUUUCUCUAUUUACAUAGACCGCUGUAAUUUUUAAUAAUAGCAUUUAUUUAGGAUUUCAAGAAUGUUUGUCAGGCAAUGAAAGUACUGUUUAUGCCACUACCGUUUAAAGACAUCAAAGAGCGGAGCACGAGCGGCUGUUGGAUCAUCAGAAUCUCAGUGUUCGAUCAGGUUUAUUUGCGGUGAUGGCUAUCCUGUUUGCCGUGGUGGCUCGAGGAUCGACCGUUCUGGCUAAACAUGCAUGUUUCUCUGGCAACUUUCUGGAGGUGACGGAACAGAUUCUAGCUAAAAUCCCAUCGGAAAACAACAAACUCACAUAUUCCCAUGGCAGCUAUCUGUUCCACUACAUCUGCCACGAGAGGAUCGUCUAUCUGUGUAUCACUGAUGAUGAGUUUGAGCGCUCCCGUGCAUUCGGUUUCCUGAAUGAGGUGAAAAAGAGAUUUCAGACCACUUAUGGCUCACGAGCACAGACUGCGCUGCCCUACGCCAUGAACAGUGAGUUUUCCAGCACGUUGGCUGCACAAAUGAAACAUCACUCAGAUCCCAAAGGCUCAGACAGACUGACAGAAACACAGAUGCACGUAGACGACUUGAAAGGCAUUAUGGUCCGGAACAUUGAUCUCGUAGCUCAGAGAGGAGAGAGGCUCGAGCUGCUCAUCGAUAAAACCGAGAACUUGAUGGAUUCUUCUGUCACCUUUAAAACAACAAGUCGUAACCUGGCCCAUGCCAUGUGUAUGAAGAACCUGAAGUUAACAGUCAUUGUCAUAAUAGCCGUGCUGGUGGUGCUGUAUUUUAUCGUAACGGCCGCCUGUGGAGGACUCAGCUGGCCAAACUGUCGGAAGCAGUAGUGAACCUUUGAUGCUCCCUUAGUAUGCAAGACCACUCGUUCUGCCUAACUCACCUCGUCCUUAUUGGACUACAGAGACUUACAAACACAGGACAACACUAAACUCCUGCAGUGUUUCCUGUACGGUUCCAAACGAUACAUCGUCUUUUCAUGUUGUUGCUAAUCGUAUGGUUUUGAUUCUUUCGGUUCUUUUCAUAGUGUUGUAAUGCAGUUUAACAAGAUGGAGAAUUUAAGAGUAGUCCACCAAUAAAUGAAUAUUCUGUCA